AUGGAAAAAGAAACAAGAAUAAAUAAUCUAGAAUUUCAUUGCAUACCAGAAAACCGUGGUGAAAACUUAGUCAACACUUUACAACAAAUAGGAAAAACUAUAGGUAGAUAUGUAGAAGAUGGUCAUAUAGUUAAAUGCACCCGGAUUGCGAAGUGGAAUAAGGAGAACAAUCGUCCACGAACUGUUUUGGCGAAGUUUGCAACACCCCUAUUGAGAGAUAAAUUUUUUGCUAAUGCAAUAAAUUACAAUAAAACCCAGCCGUCUGAUAAACUUAACUCUUCACAUUUGGGAAUAGCAGGUGAAAAAAUGCCUGUCUUCGUGUGUGAACAUCUUACCCCGGAAGUCAAGGCAUUACACGCAGCUGCUCGUCGAUUUGCCAAAGAGAAAUCGUAUAAAUUCGUCUGGUCGCGGAAUGGUAAGAUCUACUUAAGGAAAGCGCCGUCCAGUGAUGCAAUUCUUGUUAAGAACUUGGAGUUCCUUAACGAAAUUUCUUAA